UUCAGUUACUCCCAGCGUAUAAUCCAACUAAGCAAAUAAAAAAUUGUGCUAAAGUAGAAAAACAUAAAUAUUAAAUAUUAAAUAAUAAAUAAAUAGGCAAGUUUUAUUUCCAGCAGUGACGCGGUUUUCCCAGCCAUGACGAGGGUGGUUCUGGAACCGUUGAACCGCUGCGGGGAGGGCAUACCGGUAAUUUCAAUGAUUUCGCGGGUAGCAAUCUGUUCCGACACCUUAUAGCGUGCUAGAAAUGAACCCAAAUCUGAAAAUUAAAGGAAUAGAACAACCGCUUCGUCCAAAUCGAACCCUGGCAGCGAUUCUUACCCCAGAAAAAAAAUCCUGCCAGCUGGAAACAUUCGAAUACGAUCUUUCUAAGAACGGUUCUCUUCUCUACGCUCUCUUCCUCUUUGUCAUCAAGGUCUUUUUUCGUUCCUAAAGCCUUAGUUUUGCUGAUCUCAAUUCGAACCAAUCCGCUCAGUGAGCUUGCCGAUCUUGUUGCGGACAUGGAGCAAUUCCGGCACAUAGGAGAGGUGCUUGGAAGCAUCCGAGCUCUAAUGGUCUUCCGCGAAGAGAUUCGCAUAAACCCGCGGCAGUGCCAACUCCUCUUCGACGCCUUCGAAGCGGCUUUCGCCGGCGUUUCCUACGAGAUCCGACAGAAUCUCCGGCUCGACGAGAAGCAAACGAAAUGGAUGCCCCUUGAACAGCCGCUCAAGGAACUCCAUCGAGUCUUCCGUGAAGGCGAGCAAUACAUUCAUCAAUGCCUAGAGCCCAAGGACUGGUGGGGUAGAAGCAUCUUUCUCACCCAAUCCGCCGAUUGCGUCGAACAUCAUUUACAUAAUCUUCUUUGCUCCAUCCCCGUCAUCUUGGAAGCCAUCGAGAACAUCGGCGAGGUCACCGGUGAUGGCCACGAGGACAUUCAUAGGAGGAGGGUGGUAUUCACCAAGAAGUGUGAAAAGGAGUGGAUGGAACCCAAGCUUUUCCGGCAUAGGUUUGGGGAUCUUUACCUUGUUUCAAAAGAAAUGUGCAAGAGAAUUGAUGUUGUCGCUAAGGAGGAUAAAUGGGCUUUAUUGGAAACCAUAGAUGAUAUGAGAAGCUCUUUGUCGAAACAGGAGAAUCGGUUGGCUGAGCUCUUGAAGUCCCCGAGGGGAAAGAUACAUCCAAUCUCCAUGCUUACGAGCUCACCUGAUUACCAGUUCAGACGGAGGCUCGGCGCGAGCAGUCAUCUUAAGGAGAUUCAUUGGAUGGGAGAGAGAUUUGCUCUUAAGCAUGUCUUUUGUGAUGUGGAGCAGUUGAUGCCAGAGACAUCUCUUCUGUCUUCUCUUACUCACCCAAAUGUAUUGCAUUACAUGUACUGCUUCUCUGAUGAGGAGAAGAAGGAAUGCUACAUGGUGAUGGAGCUCAUGAACAAGGACCUCUCCAGUUACAUUAAAGAGAUUUUCUGCGCGAGGAGAAAGUUUCCUUUUCCACUCUCCCAUACGGUUAAUAUCAUGCUUCAAAUAGCACGGGGAAUGGAGUACUUACACUCUAAAAAGAUCUACCAUGGUGACCUGAAACCGUCGAAUAUUCUCGUUAAGACAAAGAACAGUUCAUCUUCUGAUGCUUAUGUUCACGUGAAAAUUGCAGGAUUAGCACAAUCUGCAGCAAAAGUGCCUUCGAGUCCCGCGACUGGCAAAGAUCCCUGUAUUUGGUAUGCGCCAGAAGUUCUAUCUGAUCAAGAACAACAAAUUGAAGCAGGAAAUGUAAAGAAGUAUACAGAGAAGGCAGAUGUGUAUAGCUUUGGGAUGAUAUGCUUUGAACUUCUUACAGGUAAGGUUCCGUUUGAGGAAGGACAUCUUCAGGGUGAUAAGAUGAGCAAAAACAUAAGGUUAGGAGAGAGGCCUCUAUUCCCUUUUCCAUCACCCAAGUUUCUCACAAAUUUGACGAAGAAAUGUUGGCUGGCCGACCCAAAUCAGAGACCGAGCUUCUCUUCAAUCUGCAGGAUACUCCGAUACAUCAAGCGUUUCAUGAUCAUGAAUCCUGACAAUGGACAGUCUGACCCGCCAUCACCGCCAUUGGAUUACUUUGAUAUAGAGACUAACUUGUCAAAGAAAUUCGAUGGAUGGGAAAGAAGAGAACUGUUGCAAGUCUAUGAUAUUCCCUUUGAGAUGUAUGCUUAUAGGGUGAUUGAGAGAGAGAGGGCCUCCGUAAAAUAUAAGGAGGAAAAUUUUAUUUCAAGCAGUGAUGCAUCUCUCAGUGGCGAGGAGAAUAGACUUCCUGCCGUGAUUCAGGAGGAUGCAUUGUCACUUUCUGUAACAUCUUCGAGCUCUGGUUCUGUAAAAUCAGCUGGUAAUUUAAUAUCCAAUGGCAACAAGAAGACUUUGUUGAGGAAGGUUGAAAUAAAUCCACGGACCAGCAAGCCCAUAGGGAAGCACAACGUGAAAUUGAAAUUAGAGGCUCAGUCUCAGUCUCCUCCUCCACGUUUGCUGUCAAAUGGAAGAGGCAUGAGGUUGAAGUCAGAGAACCGUCUUCAAGCAAUAAAACAAGUUGCGAUGAGCCCCCUCAGAUACCCAGUAAGACGGAAAAAAUCAGGGCAUGCUUCAGAUUCUGAUAUAUAGGUUUAAAAGACAACCAAUCUUCAUUCAGUCUGCUGCUUGCUUAUUUUUUGUUUUUUUUUUUUAUUUUAUUAUUAUUUUUUUAACUUUCUGUGGGGAACUGAAUAAAAGGUAGAUUAGUGAGAGAAAUAUCGAAAGCACGAAAUCACCACUACACGGUAUUUUGAUAUUGGUUCUCCCUUUCAGGUACAAAAACUUGUUGAUUUGCUAUACAACGAUGUUGGUAGUUUGUUGAUGAUUUGAGCAAGAAUAUAUUACAUGCUUUUAAAGGUUCGUGUUUAAUUUUCACUUUCAGAAGAAAAUGCUUAUAUAGUCAUUUUGAAUCAAAAAA